GACUACUAUGUCUUGCGCGCUAAAAAUGUUAUCGGUGACGAAAUACUGAAUGGAAAAGCAAAAGAUUCCAAUUCACGACAAGUAUGCCUCACUGCCCCGCUUUUUGGUGUACGACUUCGGAAGAUUUCUGUUAUUCCCGAUGACUCAGAUGCUAUUGCAGAGGAAGUUCGCAACUAUAUGAACCGUUACGACUAUGUAAUAACAUCGGGGGGUAUAGGUUCUACUCACGAUGAUGUGACAUAUGAAGGUGUUGCAAAGGCACUAAAUGAAAAGAUUAUCAUUCAUCCAAAGUUCUUACAAACCCUCAGGAGACUAUCAGAACCGAAUAUGAUUUCCUCUUCAGACCCCAUAACCAAACUUGCCAAAAUACCGGAGUCAUCUGAAUUACUAUAUGCAACAGGAAUCCAGAUGGAUAAUGAAAGCUCUUAUCCUAUUGUCAAAGUGAAAAAUAUCUUCAUUUUACCAGGAGUUCCAUGCUUAUUUAAUAUGGCACUAGAGAUAAUUAAGGACCAUAUCCGAGAUCCUAAUGUGAUAUUCUUUCAUCAUUCCUUAUAUCUUACCACUAUGGAAACUGAAAUAGCGAAGGAUUUGUCUCAAUUAGCCGAAAAAUAUCAAGGUUUAGUCAGUAUUGGAUCUUAUCCUGCAUUUCAUAACAACUAUUAUCGUGUUCGAAUAGCUUUUGAUUCACUUGAAGAAAAUACUCUGAAGUUGGCUUAUGAAGAAGCUGAACGCCUAUUUAAGGACUACAUUAUAAGGUAUAAUCCAUAUCCAAUCAAUAAAGCUGAUGAAGAAGUUUAUAAAUUAUGUAAGCAGGCAGAAUCGAAUUUGGGUAAACGUGUAGCUAAAUCUUUGCAGUUUAUAGAAGAAGUACUGAAUAAAUACAGUGAUUCUGAGCUGGUUAUAUGUUUUAAUGGUGGUAAAGACUGCACAGCGUUACUUCAUUUAAUCCAUGCUGCAAUUCAACAUCAAAGUCAUAAUAAUAACAACCAUUCGGAAAAUAUAAAACCUACAAGAUUACCGAAACUUUUAUAUAUUCGUUCAUGUUCUACUUUUCCAGAAAUCGAACUAUUUGUUGAAAAAAUAGUUGAUGCGUAUUAUUCAUUAUGGAGUAAAAUUUCACGACCAGAUUUAAAACAUUAUGAACAACGACACGCCGAUGUAAAUUCACAGACUUCAUCGUGCUCAAUGGAUAAUAGCGUAUUUAUAUAUGAGGGAUCUAUUCAAAGUGCAUUGGAAAGAUUUUUAGGGGAUUAUCCUGAAAUAAGAGGUGCCUUCAUGGGUACAAGAUAUACAGAUCCCGGAGCAUGUGAGUAUCGCUAUUCCUUUUCGACUUAUUUCAUUUUUUAUUGCCCAUUUUUUGUUACAAAUAGAUAAAUGUUUCAAGAAAUCAAGUUUUCUCAAGAAGAGAUCAGAUAAAAAAGCAAGAUGAACAAGGUAGCAUUUCCUUUCAAUUGGCUUCUCAUUAGGACUGUACACUAGUAUUAUAGGUCGUAUUUAUUAUUGCUACUCAGUUACCUCACAAACAACUCCAUAUAUUUAAUAGUGAAAUAGUCUCGAGCGAAGUGAAUCUCCUCCCGGAAUUCUUACCACACCAUGGUCACAGAGUAAAACGUUUUCAUUGAUCUGUCCCAGUUGCUUUUAGAAAGAUUAGUACUGUAACUUCACUCUUGAAUUUGUUGUUUUUUGUCUUAACUUACCCCUCUCUGAUUGACCUACCUAGCUGAGCAGGGCGUGUUGACAGUAAUCUCCCAGCUAACAUUACUCGAUGAAGCUUUCUCAGCUGGUUGGUUUGAUCAGUAUGCCAAUAUACUAGCUGUAGUUAGGAAUUUCAUUAGACACUGAAACACACCUGUCUUUCAGUUUAUUUAAUUAUGCAUUCCCAAGUGCAUGUUUAUAAUAUAACCUGCGUCAUUCUCUUGUGACCACAUUUUGGCGAAUCAGAUAAGAUAAUAAUGUUUAAAGACUCGUCCUCUAUGUUCAGUAAUUGUUUGCUGACUAAUUUGCAAGUUAAGUUGUACGAAUAGCUAUUGUGUUGACUUGUUCAUUACUAUGGUACUAAUAUAUUUCAGAUAAUAAUGGGUUUCAUUGUCUAACUGUUAUCUUCUACGUAGACAAAAUGUCUCAUAUGGUAAUGUCAGAUCCUGGUUGGCCUCAAAUUCUUCGGAUCAAUCCACUCUUAGAGUGGACAUACUCUGAUGUAUGGAAUUUUCUCCGAUCUCUUUCACUUCCAUACUGCAGUCUGUAUGACGCCGGGUAAUUAUCAACAUUAAUAUUGUAAAUAAAAACCUUAAAUUAAAAUGCUUCACUAGUGCUUUUUAGGAAAUAUCAUAAAUAUGUUGUGAAUCAUAAAUCUGCAUUGUUUACACAAUGUUAACGUAUUAACAACUAAACGUGUGCUAACAUUACGGAUACCUCCGCCUGUAGCUUCUCUAAUGUUACUACUGGUCUCAAGCCCGGGUAAAGAAGAGUUGGGUAUGAGGUCAGCAACCCCACCCCGUAGAAAACAGCCUUGCUAAGAAAACGCGACCCAGAAUAAACAAUUUUAACCAUUUACAAUCUAUUUGGGAGUUAAAAGAACUUCAUUUAGAAGAAUUAUGAAGCCUUAUAGUGGCGUCGAGGUUCUUCGGAAGUCUCGAGGCCGAUGAUCCUUCUAACAACCAGAGUAACAAUUAAUAUACAUACAUGUAUUGUCCAGACUAUGUGGAAUACCAGAAAUGGAAGGUGCCCGGAAUAAGUGAGAACUGUUGGAUCCAACCUGGACAGUAGAAUAUUACGAAAAUAUGUGGUUAUAUUCCGGUCACGAAGAGUAAAGGCUCCGCACACAAAUAGAGUUGCACUGAUCCUCUUCAGAGAAGCACGAAGAGCACUUAUCGGAUGGGAACCGCAUGGAUACAUUCUCACCAAAGCAUCCUUCAAAACAAAGGAGGAGAGAAUCGCAAUGCAUGUUGUCCAGUGCUAUGCACACACCAAUGAUAGCAAUGAAGACGAUAAAAACCAGUUCUACAAGAGGCUACAGUCGAUCCUAGAGAAGUGCUUAGGAAGAGGAUCUAACCAUCCUGAUAGGAGAGCUAAACAUCGAGGUCGGAAUAAACAACACUGGGUACAAGCAUAUCAUGAGACGACCAUGGACUGGGAGAAAACUAAGAGAAUGAUGAGGUACAUGGGUCUCACCAGAUCACACUACGGAGAACCAUAUCGGUCAUACUUGCAUCAAUGAAGUAUUCAGAAGGUCAGCGAAAGAUGUGAGAACCAAUAGAGGAACUGACAUAGUUUCACACCACCAUCUGGUGGUUACCAGGGUAGAAUUGAAGCUAAGAAAAGUACUGGAUAACUGGAGAAAUAGCAUUACAAAGGUAUACUACAGUCUUCCAUCGAGAUACUGACAUACUGAACGAAUUCAAGAUAACUUUCAGCAUCAGGUUUCAAGCCUUACAAGAUCUGCUCAAAGAAGAGGAAACUGCUAUAGAGAACAAGCGGGAAGGGAUUGGAGAAGCACUAAUUUUAGCGUGCCGCAAGAAGCAUUAUCAUAAGGAAUGGAUCUCUAUGGAGACCCUGGACAUGGUUCAAUAAAGGAAAAAAAAUAAGCGAGUAAUCAAUAGAAACCAAUUGGAAGCAGAGAAAACUAAAGCUCAGUCUGGAUACACAGAAGCAAACCAACGGGUGAAGAAGAGCAUUAAUAGUGAUGAGCAGGAUUAUAUGGAAGACAUAUCAGUAACAACAGAAGAAACUGUAAGGGAAGGGAAUGAGACAACUAUAUGAUAUGACAAAGAAACUAGCUGGAGAAUACAGUAAACCAGAGCAACCAGUCAUGAACACAAAAGACAAACCAAUCACUAAGGUUCGAGAACAGCGGAACAAGUGGGUAGUGUUUAUUGGUAACUUCUGAGAACCAUUAAUGAACUAAUAUUAUAUUUGUUCUUAUUUUGUAACUAUUCAGUAACUAAAUUACGCAUAACUAUAUUCCUCUUAUUAUAAGCUUUAUUCUGACUUAUAGACUAUUAUGAUACGAUUUAUUAUUCUUAAAUUAUUCUCAGUCUAUCAAUUACCACCACCCACAACCAUAUCCACCUUUUGGCCUGAUCUUGUACAAAUGUUAUUUCCUAUUUUAUGGUGUGAUGUGGUCCGUUUGGCUCGUGAAUAAGCUAGGUACGUUUGAAGUAAAUGAUUCGCGUAGCGAAAGCUGGUAUUGGUGUUUUGGACUCAACUGGCAGGGCUAGUAGUACAAAGGACUAAUAAGGGUACUAGACUGCUCAUACCGGUCGAACGUCAUUGGUUUGGCGCAAUGAUAAGAUUGUAUAAGUCGUAUUCUGGUUGGCGAAUAAACCGCGUGAUAAUUAGCUGGGCUAAAAGUCACAACAGGUAAAGCACUUCGAGGAACUGUUUAAUAGAUCAACCUGGUUGAACUCACCAGAUACUGACGGACAACCUACAGACCUUCCUAUAGCUAUCACUCCACUAACGAUGGAAUAAGUCAGGAUGACCAUCAGGCGAAUCAGGAGUGGGAAAGCAGCAGGACUAGACAACUUAAUAGCUGAAGCGCUGAAGUUAGUCGUAUAGGUAACUGUAAAGAUGCUAAAUGUUCUUUGCAGGAAGAUUUGGAAGGAGAACGAGUUUGGUCUGAAUAUAUUGAAAAUAAUAUUCUUUGAUAUCGAAGCUUUUGCAUUCGAUCUGGAGUUAAGUGUAGUUUUACCUUGUGACUUCGGCGAUAUACUUUUUAUUCUCAAACUUGAACAUGAAUUUUUAUAGUCGCCAAGAUUAGGUCCAGUGAUUAACCCUUGAUUAAUUAAUGAUUAAUUACAUGACGUAAUUACCAUUGGCAUAGUUUUUUAUUAGCUAUAAUUUUCCUCUGUUGUCAAUAUUUUUAUAUCAGCCUAAAUUCUAUCUUUUUUUAUUGACUUAUAUCAAUUUUUAAAUAAACAAUACCGCGUUUUUUCUGUAUUACAGAUACACAUCAAUUGGAAGUAUGGAAGAUACUCAUCCCAAUCCACGAUUAAGGUAUAUAACAGAAAGUGGACGAAUCGCAUACCAUCCAGCAUAUACACUGAACGAGGAGAUUUGUGAACGCAUUGGUCGUGUACAUGAGAAUACUAAAACUGAUUAAAGUAAAACCACCAUCUACUAGUUCUGCGAUGUAAUACUCGUAAAAUAAUUUUGUGAUAGAUAUUUGUAAUUUUGAAUAAAUAGCCAUAAAAGAUUGUUUUCACCACUGUUCAGUACCACACGCAUCCUGAAUACACUGACAAUAAAUUUUCAGCCAGGAAUAUGAACACAU